AUGCCGUACCGCAAGAAAUCGAACUGGCGGCGGAAGCUCAAGGACGCGAGGGCCGCCGCGGACACCCUCGGCGUCUCCCACGCCGGCGCGACGUGGAGCGGGCGGUACCACCUCACGUGCAAGGUCCAGGAAGAUCACGCGCAGAAUCUCUACUCGGUGCAGUUCAACGACGUGACCGCGGGAUGCGAGAACGUCUUCGCGACCGUGGGCGCGAACCGCGCGACGAUAUAUCGCGCGGAGCCGAACGGCGACGUCAAACUCGUGCAAGCGUACGUGGACGCGAGCGAGGACGAGGCGUUCUUCGCCUGCGCGUGGUGCAAAGCGAGCGGCGUGAGCGACGCCCUGCUCGCCAUCGCGGGCGUGAGCGGCAUCGUGCGCGUCAUCAACGUCACCACCGAGGGCGUGUGGAAAGACAUCCGCGGGCACGGGAACAGCGUGAACGACGUCUGCGCGCACCCGCUCGCGCCGCACCUGCUCAUCAGCGCGAGUAAGGACGAGAGCGUGCGGCUGUGGAACAUCAACGCGGGCGUCUGCGUCGCCGUGUUCGCGGGAGCGUGGGGGCAUCGCAACGAAGUGCUCACGCUGCACUUCAAGACGACCGACGCGGACCCUAUGAACGGCGACAUCGUGUUCGCGUCCGGGGCGAUGGAUAACGUGAUAAAGGUGUGGAGCAUCGCGGGGUACGAGGACGUCGUCCAGAAGGCGGAGACGUGGACGGACGGCGUCGCCGCGUUCCCGACGGCGCGGAUACAGACGCCGUGCUUCUCGUCGUUUCGCGUGCAUAAAAAUUACGUCGACUGCGUGCGGUGGUUCGGGGAUCUCAUCAUGUCGAAGAGCGUGGAGCAGAGCGUCACGCUGUGGCACCCGGAGAUCCCGAAGCCGAGGCCCGGUGAGACGCGCCCGGUCAAGCCCGGGGAGAGCUUCCGAAAGGUUGCGGACUACGCGGUCAAGAACGCGGACAUCUGGUUCGUUCGGUUCUCGAUCAACGCCGCCGCGGAUACGUUGUUAUGCGGCAAUCGCACGGGGGAUCUGUUCGCGUGGAAGCUGCGCGCGUCGCCGCCCAGCGCGGGCGCGAUCGGGCAGCUGUCGCACAAGGCGUGCAAGACGUGCGUGAGGCAGACGGCGCUGAGCGUGGACGGGAGCAUCGCGCUCGCGGCGUGCGACGGGGGGGGGUUGUUUCGAUGGGAUUUCGUCGAGCACGGCGCGGGAUCCGCGCCUUUAGAGGCGGGGCAGAAGAAGCGGAAGAAAGAGGAGAGCGAGGACGGAGAUGGGGACGUCGUCGUCGUGGAUGUUACGAAAUAAGUUAGCACCACGACGCGACGUCUAAUAAUACGAUAGAUACGUCGUCGA